GGUAGAACGGUCUAGCAAGGUCCCGGUGAUACGGUUUAAUGUUGAUACAAACGUUGAGCACUUUCGUUCAUCGCAGUUUACGAAUGUACGACGAACGUAUGAGGAGUUUAUUAAGCUAGGAAAGCAUCUUACUAUUUCUAAUCCGGAGUGUCUUGUUCCUCCAUUACCUCCUAGUAUUACAUCGGCGGGGUUAGGAUUGGAGGAAGAAACGAAAUAUCUUCAUAUUCGUAUGCAGAAAUGGUUUGAUUUGAUUAGUGAAAGCUCUAUUCUUAUACAAGACAAAGAGCUUGUUUAUUUUAUUGAAGGGCAUUUUGGGUAUUCGCCUGUUAUACGAAAGAACAAGCAUGGAUCUGUGUUGAAAAGAAAAGCGAUUAAGAUGCAGGGAGCUCCUCCUGAUGAUACUCCUGAACUUUGUAAUUUAAGACCAAUUGUCAAACAAUUUUAUCGACAAACAUCUGAAUCUUCUGUAAAACUUGAAAAAGUUAUUAAAACUCUUCGAGUUCUUAGUGCUUCUGAGGAUGAAUUAGGGCUUAAAUUUAUUUCAAUAGCAGAUAUGGUGCAACAUUCUGGAAUGUCUAAUGCUUUUCGAAAACUUGGGAAAACUAUUCAAAGCAUCAGUCAUUCACGUUUGACCCAGGCAAAUACGAAAGCUGUUAUUUUUAUUGAUACUUUGUCGUAUAUAUCUUCAGAUGCAUUCAUAGUAGAAGAAACUUUAAUGAAUCGUCAGAUUCUUAUUAAAGAACUGUUGUCUGCACAAGCAUCUUCUCGUUCUAAAAUAUCUACUAUUACACGUUUAAAAUCGUCGAGUUCAAUAAAGCCUGAAAAAGUUGACGAGGUUUUGGCCUCUCUUGAAGAAACUCGUUCACUUGAACAAAAUUUGAACAUAAAACUCACGCGAAUCACUACAAACCUUCUUCAAGAAGGACGUAAAUGGACAAAGAGAACAUCAAAUGAUAUUAAGUCGUCUUUGAAAGAGUAUACAAAACGUCAAAUAGAAUAUGAAAGACGCUUGUUAGCCAUUUUAGAAUCGUCAAGGCCUGACAUUAGAAAUAUAGAUCAUACUGGUGGUCUUUCAAGGUUGGGAAGGGAAUUUUCACGAUUAAAAAAUAGGAAUGAUAUUAAUUCAAGUCAAACAGCUCAAGGAGAUGCAUGGUCUGGUAUCCAAAGGCAAAAGAAUCAUAUAGAAAAAGAAUAUGAUGCAAAAUUUUUGAAGAGAAUAGAUGAUGUCUUAGAUGCACGUAGUGCCUUUGAAAUUCUUGGAACAAAAGUUAAUUAGAUUUGUUUUUCUAGUAGAUUACAUUUAUAGCCAUAUUGAAGAU